AUGGCCCCGCUGACGUUCCUCACCUUGGUCUUGUGGAUCAUUACCGCGGUGAUCCUGCUGCUCCGCUUGGGCGCGCAAAUCCCGCUCGACGAGCCCCGGAGCUCCCAAGCGGGCGGGAUUGGGGGCACAGAGGCCGAGCUCGCCCACGGCGCUCCAUCCUCGCUUUUUCCCCGCUUCGGGACGAUCAAAGGCGAGGACAGCGUUCCUUCAUCGGGCGACGGAGAAGACGCCCUAUCUGAUGUACAAAUCCCGGCCGCAACUCGUGGCGCACCGCCCUCAACCCCACAACUAACCACCAAAGCGUGCCAAACUUCCCCACCCGCUCCACACGCUUUCGCCGACGCCCGGCAGGAAGCGCGCACAAGCACAGCGUUGCUAUGGGCUAUUGAUGCUAUUCCCAUCAAAAAGCGGACAAAAGCAAAGAGAAAUGGUGCCAGCCACUAA